AUGGUAACCAUUGGUAGGCCCAAUUUAUGGUUAAUUUUAAUCAUUAUUGGGCAAGUAUCAGAAUUAACUCUAUUUUUCUUUGAUACUUUAGCUGUUUCUUAUAAUCAGCCAAAAUUUUGCUCGAAUGUUUCAUGGAAUCAAAAUGCCACAAUUUUUGCAAAUAGCAGCACAAUAGGUACAACUCCUUACAGCAUUUUUAUCAAUACCGAUAACACCGUCUAUGCGCUUAAUCGAAUACAUAAUCAAAUUCAGAUGUGGCUUAAUGAUAGUAUGAAUCUAACCAGGACAAUUUCUGGCGGUUUUUCAAAUUCAUGGAGCCUCUUUGUGACAACAAAUGGUGAUAUUUAUGUCGAUAAUACCAAUACAAGCAGUUCCGUAGACAAAUGGGCAUUGAAUUCAAACAGUAGUGUACCUGUAAUGUAUGUUAGUAGUGCAUGUUACAGUCUCUUCGUUGAUAUUAAUGAUACUUUAUACUGUUCAAUAAAUGCUCUUCAUCAAGUUGUUACAAAAUCACUUAACAGCGUUUCAAACAUGACAACCAUUGUUGCUGGUACAGGCUGUCCAGGAUCUAUUUCGAACAUGCUUUAUAAUCCUCGUGGAAUCUUUGUUAACACUAACUUAGAUUUAUAUAUAGCAGAUUAUACUAAUAAUAGGAUACAAUUGUACCAAUCAGGACAAUUAACUGGAACAACAGUAACAGGAGUUACAUCCGUUAAUAUUACAUAUAUAUUGGUUGUGACAACAUAUUAUCCAUAUGUAACAGGACCGUUCUUAAUCAUUGCAUCUGGCUUACACAAUGUCAUUCUCGAACGUCUAAAUAGUUCAUCAAUUAUUCGAUCAAAAUAUUCAUCAGAAUUAACUGCAGAUAGUCAGAUAUAUGCUCGAACUCUUUGUAUCAAAGCACAGUAUUAUUAUGAAGCUAUACAAGUUAAUGUGAUCAAAGAUGGAUCCUAUACUAUUUUAAGCAAGAGUCGUAUCGACACAUACGGCUAUAUCUACAAGAACAGUUUCAAUCCAUUCAAUGCUCUUGUAAACUUAAUGGCGUACAAUGAUCACAGCUGCGCUAAUGAUCAAUUCAGACUCACAGUCAAUCUUGAGGUCGGUAUUAAAUACAUAUUAGUGGUGACAACAGAAGCAGCAGGCAACACAGGAGCAUUUGAAAUCAUCGUAUCUGGACCAACGAACGCCAGUUUGGAACGUAUUAACAAAACUCAUGAUAAAUGUGUUAUCGGUGGUCCAUGCAAUAGUCAAGUUAAAGGUAUUGGUUUAACUCUUGAUGAUAUUUUACGUUAUGAAAUCAAUUCAACGAUGACAUUAUAUAAUCAACCAUUAACAGUAAAAAUAAGUGUUGCCUUAACAAUGAUUAUGUUUGUUUUGGGUUUAAUUAAUGGUAUUCUCUCUAUUUUCACAUUUCAAAAUGAAAGUUUACGAAAAGUUGGAUGUGGAAUAUAUCUCUUAGCGUCUUCAAUAACUUCUCUUCUUACAAUUUCAAUGUUUACAAUUAAGUCUUGGUUUGUUAUUCUUACUCAAAUGAAUUCAUCAAUUUCUCUAUCUGUUCUUCGAGGUGGUUGUAUUUCUAUUGAACCUCUAUUGAAAACUUUUCUUUAUUUUGAUACAUGGCUUAAUGCUUGUGUUGCUAUUGAACGAGCAAUGCACGUUUAUAAAGGAGUUAAUUUUAAUAAAGAAAAAAGCAAAUGUUGUGCUCUACGAAUUAUAUUUAUAUUACCAUUUUUCAUCACAGCUACAGUCAUUCAUGAACCUUUACAUCGUGAUAUCUUCGAGUAUAACGUAACAACCAGCAAGGAUCCAACAAAGAUAAUAGAAAGAUAUACUUGGUGUGUAGUAAAAUAUUCUCAUUCAGUUCAAGACUUCAAUACAGCUGUUCUUUUCAUUCAUCUUAUUGGUCCAUUUAUUGCUAAUCUCUUUUCUGCUUUAUUUAUUAUCUUUGGUACCGCCCGACGACGAUCACUAGCUCAAACUAAUCAAAGUUACACGGAACAUAUUCGUAAACAAUUACAUGAACAUAAACAAUUAUUGGUGAGUCCAGCAAUAUUACUCAUUUUAUCAAUGCCACGUUUAAUUAUUUCAUUAUUAUCUGGAUGUGUGAUUGUAUCUGAUAAUAUUUGGUUAUAUCUUAGUGCUUAUUUUAUUUCAUUUAUUCCAUCAAUACUUAUCUUCAUUAUCUUUGUUAUUCCAUCCAAAUUGUACAGAAAAGCAUUUAAAGAUUCGUUCAAAACUUGGCAACGACGAACUCGCAAUUGGAUAAAUUCUUGA